AUGCAGAUCACUAAUGCACUUGCUGCAUUCUUUUUCUUCUUCUUCUUCUUCUUCUUCGGGUUCACCGGAGCUGAGUUCAUAUAUGACACAGACGGUGACAUUCUAAAGAAUGGAGGCCAUUACCGCAUACAGCCACUGCCUGGUGCUAUUGAAGCAAUUGUGGGAGCUUCCAUUAGCUCAAAUGAAAAUAGUUCCUCCUGCUCAAUCGCCGUCGUUGUAGCUCUCCAGGAUAUAAGCUGGCCAACAAAAAUUUCGACGCCAUUUCCUCUCAAUUACAUCACAAACGACUAUCCUUUAAACAUAUCCUUCACUAAUUUGCCUUCAAACGCAUCAUGCACGAACACGCCUGAUUGGGUCGUCGCAACGCAGCCUGCCUUCAACGACACAGAUCCUAUCAUGGUUGGCAAAUUCGAAGAGUUCAGCCUUCCUCGUAGUGGUUAUUUCUAUAUCAAGCCAUAUGAGUCUACUAAGUAUUAUGUUUUGGCCUUCUGUUAUUCAAAAGAUUCGUGUGGAUAUGUUACUUAUAGGACCGAUAGCGAUGGUAAGAACCGUAUGGUUGUCUCAAUGGAUAGAAGCGAAACCCCAUUCGCAUAUAUGUUUUUCAAAGCAAUUCGUGACAAUAAUGUCGCCUCUGGCAUAUCAAUGGCGGUGGGAGAAUCCACAUCCGCAAUAUAG